AUGCCUUUCCCUGGCCUUCAACCAGCCUCUGCUAAAACCAAACUUUGCUCCAUUCCCUCAAAUCUUCUAAACUUCUCCCUUCUGCUCAUAUCAUCUUUUACUUCCAUUCCUUUCAUUUUUCACUUCCUCUUUCCACUAAUUCUCAACCCCUCUUCCCCAGAUCCUUUUGAGGUACAGACAGCAGCAGGUUGUGAGCUGAGCUUUCAAGAAGCCUCAAUAGGCUUCAUGCGGGUUGCUUAUCAAGGAUCAGAUUUCAUGAGCUUCCAGAACAAGUCAUGGUUGCCAUCUCCAAAGGGUGGAAGUAGGGCUCAGGAUGUCGGCAGACUAUUCAAUUCACAUAAAGUUGACCUGCAAAUAACAGACAGAUUCCUCAGUGACACCUGCCCACGUCUCCUUCUGGGAAUUCUUGAUGCGGGGAAGGCAGAUCUCCAGCGACAAGUAAAACCAGAGGCCUGGCUGUCCACUGGCCCCAGUCCUGGUCCUGGCCAUGUGAUGCUGGUUUGUCACAUCUCUGGCUUCCACCCAAAGCCCAUUUGGGUGAUGUGGAUGCAGGGUGAGCAGGAGUAUGCGGGCACUCAGCAAAGUGACACCUUGCCCAAUGCUGAUGGAACAUGGUAUCUUCAGAAGUCCUUGGAUGUGGAAGCCGUUGAGACAGCUGGCCUGUCUUGCCAUGUGAGACACAGCAGUCUAGGAGGCCAGGACAUCAUCAUCUACUGGGAACAUCACAACUCCUUGGGCUGGAUCUUCUUGGGAGUGAUAGUGUCCCUGGUACUUCUGACGGGUCUUGCAUUUUGGCUUAGGAAGCGCUGGACACACUGUGAACCUCCAAGCAAUCUUAUCCUUUUGGAAUGAGAUCCCUGCAGCCCAGGUGCUCAGGAUGUACUUAAAUCUGACAAGGUGAUGACAUCCGCUC